AUGGCUGACAAAGAACAAGUUAUCCAAGCUCUUAGAGCAACUCUGAUAUCAGUUAAGGGGGCAUUGACAAUAAAACAAUGUAACAGAGACUAUCGAGAACUUCAAGGAGAAUGGAUUCCAUUUAAGAAGCUUGGUUAUUCAUCACUGGAUAAACUGUUUCUUGAUGUACCUGGUUUUAAAGUGACUCAAGCUAAUGGUGAAUGGUAUGUUGAUGCCAUAGCUAGUCAAGAAACACAACAUAUAGCUGCUAUGGUUUCACGUCAAAAGUCAAGUAAAAGAGCUCCAAAAUUGAGCUAUCCAAAUCGAUUUCCCAAAAAGCAAGGAUCAUGGCGAAAACCUUCAUCUGGAUAUGCAUCUAACUACAAUAGCCAGUACUCCAAUCAAUAUUAUAGAGCUAAAAGCAGCACUCCAUUUAAUAAUAACACUCAACAUUAUAAGACGAAUAAAUACAAUUCGAGCAAGUCGAACGAAACGAAAUUGACGGCGAAUGUUAAACAAACAACGAAGACAGCAAAUGACCAUGUAGAUAAAAUAUUAAAAAGUUCCAAUUCAUCGCAAAGUUUGAGAGAAUCCAACAACACGCAUAAUGAGGAGUUGAAACAAGCAGUGCGAUCAAACAACGAUAUGGAUGUUAAAUUAUCAACUAAGGUGUCAGCAUCUCAAAGACUUUCAAAUUUAAGAGACCGGCUUAAUACAGUGGAUCUCAUACCGUUGCAGUUGCCUGCUGCUAAUAAUGAAUGUUUGGAAAGCAGUGGUCCUGUAACAAAUGUUGUGCCAGCUCAUAACUUAGAACCACCUCCCGAUUCUACAUCAUCUGUUGAAAAAUUAGCUUGGACUUGUAAAAAACUUGGACUUCCAGAACCUGUGUAUAAAGUACAUGAGUUUAAACCGAAACGGGGACCUGUAACCUUCGACUGCACUGUGAAAGUCGGAGGAUCGUAUAGUGUAUCCUCAUAUCCUGACUCGUCACCGUCCGAAGAUUUAGCCAAAGAAGUCGGAGCAGUAAAGUUGCUUUCAGCUAUAGAAAGUUCCGAAGCUGGUGGAAAGCCGACUUCUUCAAGUAGCAAUGCUAUUGUAUAUCUAACAGAGUUAGUGUCAGAACAUGAAGCAGGACUGUGGGCCAACACAGUACCACAUCUGUACAGAGAAAAAUAUCAAGAAAACCUACCAAGCAACUGGCAAGAAUUAGUUGAAAAUUGCCCUAAAAUAAUAAAGGACAGAGUUUUUAAUGGACAAUUAGUGUUACUUCCUAAUAAAGAGGAAGUGCCAAUACCACUCUUAGAAACAACUAUUUAUGACGAUUCCAUGGAUAGCGACCUACCACCUUUGCAAUUUCCUGACGAUGAUUUUUGGAACGUAUUUGUGACUGUCGCAAAUUCUACACUAGAAAUUUGGCUUCGAAUAAUUGGAUCACAAUACAGCGAUACAUUCGAAACGCUGUUAAUAGAUAUGGCAAAAUAUUAUGAACAUGGAGGAUCACCUGUCGACAAAUCGAUGCUAAUUAAAAAUGCCUGGUAUGCUGUUAAUUUAGAUGAUGGCGGCUGGCAGCGUGCCAAAAUUCUAGAAAUAGAAGAAGACUCGGCGACUGUGUUUCUAGGUGAUCAUGGAGACGACGAUGUCGUGUAUAUUCACAAAAUCAAAAUAUUAGAACCACAGUUUAGAAAACUUCCAGCACAGGCGAUCCUGUGUCGUUUGGAAGGCGCGGAAGAAUUAGCGGCAAGUACGCUCGGUGCUGAGCUGGUGCGACGGCGACUGCCCGGCGAGGUGCUGGUGGCGGCGCCCGGUCCGCGCCACGAUCCCACCGAUCCUUCCGUCGCCGUCGUGCUCUACGACACUUCCACGCAACGCGAUCUCAACCUCAACAAAGAGAUUAUACAUGAUUUCUGCAUCGCUGGCGCUUUCACGAUUACACAGAAACCGUGCGAGGUGGAGGUGGGGUGCGUGACGGAGGAGGGCCGCGUGUGGGUGUCGCGCGCGGGCGGCGCGGCGCUGGUGCAGGGCGCGCUGGCGCUGCUGACGGCGGGCCCCUACCGCCGCCCGCUGCCCGCCGCGCCGCAGGCCCCCGCGCCCAACGCCACCACGCUCUACAUCGUGCGCACGCUCGCCGGCGACUGGGUUCGCUGUACUAUUAUAAGUGGUCUUGACGGUGAAGGAACAGUGAGAACGCAGCUCGUAGACAGCGGCUUAAUUUUGAGAGCACCUUUAUCGUCUUUAGUACCAUUACAGUCGUUUUCUCCCGCUCUAAACGCUUUUCCACCUCAGGCGGUGUCGGUGCGACUGGGCCCCGCGGAGCGCGCGGCGGGCGGCAUGGUGCCGCGGCUGCGCGAGCUGUUGCUGGGUGCGCGCGUGCUGUGCCGCGCUCUGCCAGCCGCGGGGGGCGCGCCCGCUAUUCCUCACGUCGAGCUAUUCGUGCGCACAGGCCCACAGAACAUCCUGGCAUCUGUCAAUAACGCCAUACUCAUGGAAUACGAUUAUCUUCAACAUGGUAAGUUAAAAGAAGAUGACAAUAAUACGACAAACCACGUGGAGGCACUACAUAGGAAGAAAGAACGCAUUUUCCGGAGUUUGUCGAUGGCUGGCGAAGAACGCCCUUCGUCUGGCUCCGCCCUACCACCGCCGCCGCUGCCAGCGCCUGGCCAGUGCUUUGACGUGUAUAUUGCGAUGGCUGCUAAUCCCUGGAACUUCGUUGUGCAACCAAAUAGUACUAGACACACUCUGCAAACGAUGAUGUCAUCUUUGCAAACAGAAUGUCCAAAAUUGACUGAAUUAGAUGCUCCCGUAAAUCCAGUUAGUGGAGAACUGUAUACAGUAUAUUACGACAAAGAUGCAUCAUGGUAUAGGGUGACAAUCGCUGGGACAGUUUCAUCAGAAAUGGUGUCUGUUUAUUUCUGUGACUACGGAGAUUUAGCUUUAUUUGCCACUAAAUCACUACGGCCUGUGCCACCCGGCGCCCCUCUAGCGCGGUCGUUACCACCGCAAGCUAUAAAAGCCCGACUGUUUGAUGUAUGGCCAUUGCAUCAGGACUGGACUGUAGAAGACUGUAUAAGAUUCCAGGAAUUGUGUGUAGAGCAACAGUUUGUAGGUAUUUGUAAAGAUGUUGGUAAGGACCCGUUAAAUCCAAACGAACCCUUAUUGACACUUGAUCUUAUUGACACAUCUACUGAUGAAGACAUUUAUAUAAAUAAACAAUUAGUUACUGAAGGCAGAGCACGAUUAACAUCUACUUCCUAA